GCAGCAGCUUCGCGGGAGCGCUCCAGAAAAACCAUCUCCCGCCCCGACUGAACGACACAACCAUCUCCCGUUAGGGUUCCUCACUCCCGACCGGCGCCGCCACCUGCCCCCAUCUCCGGCCGCCACCGGAGUCCCUUCCCUCCUCCCUGAGCCGCCCCCUCCCGCUGCCGAACGCACGGGUGCUACCGAAUCCUGAGAUCACCGGCGCCCACGUCUUGCUUGGCCACCUACGGCCCGAGCCGAAGCUCCGACCGCCGCCGCCGCUUGCGAUGGAGGCGCUCCGGGAGGCGACGGCCGAGCUGACGGUGUACGUGCACCCCUCCAACGCCGCCGACGUCCGCUGCGCCGUCUCCCGCCAGCUCAGCACCCUCCUAUUCUCGUAUGAAGAUCGCUUUGAUGGCGUGUUGCUAUCACAUGAAGUUGAAUUCGAAGGUGACAACGAAGAUGACCAAUACAGAAAAGUUGACGGAGACGGGAAAAAGGUUAUCAACGCCAAAAUCCUGGAUGGUCUGGUACCAUAUUUUGGCGUACCGGUGACUGCGAACCUGCUGCUGUUUUCUCCCCAGCCAGAGAUGAUACUAGAAGGGAAAGUUGAAAUGCUUGGCAAGGAAUCAAUUCAUGCCAUUGUCCUGGGGGUUUUCUCAGCAGCCAUUAUGUCAGAUGAUAUCCCUGAGACAUUCAAAUUCAAAAGAAGAGGACAUGGAGGAAAAUUUAUAAGCCAGUCGGACAAGCGGCAUGUGAUUAAAAAAGGAAGCAUGAUACGGUUUUCUGUUAAAAGGGUGGACACGGAAAUGAAUUGUCACAUAACUGGAUCUUUGAUGCCACCUCACACAGGAUGCAUGCGUUGGCUAUCAGUACAUGAUACUGAAUACGCAUCGGAAAUUAGCAGUGGUAAAAGGAAACCAAGGGAUCAUACUAAGAGCGAGCAGAAGGUACAAGAUUGCACAACUGCGAACCGCGAAGAUAGCGUGGUGAAUUCUGAACGACCACGCAAGUCCCGAAAGAGGGCUGUUGGGGAAUAAUGAUGCCAUUUGAAGUAAA